AUGAAGGGCCCGCAGGUAGAUCAACUCGUAUUCGAGUGCAUGUUCCCCAAGCCCAAAUCCACCGAACCGCAGAACUUUCAGCAGCUUCUCCAGCGAAAUCUAGUCCCAGAAGUGCGACUCGAGACGCAAGCUUUCUACGGCCAUUUGUCCUCGCAGGAAGCUAAGUAUCCGGGUCUCGAUUACUCGUAUCAACCUCACCGCGUCCGCCUGUCGCGAUAUACAUGGCAUCGACGACUCUUCCGCGCGUUCGAUAACUUGGGACUGACGAAGUCUGAGAUUGCGAGCUUGACGAAGUGGGAGGGCACACGAUGGGCAAAGGAGCGGUUCGAGAGGGAGCAGGGAAUCGUUAUUCGAGAUACGACUUCUGAUGGGAUCGAGGAUUGGGUUCCUCCCGAAUUACGCAUACCUCUUGCUCCACACGCCCAACGCGCAGAUAUUGAGGAAAUGGAAGAUAUUCAGGGAGAUGGAGAGACGGAAGAGAACGAUAAUGAGAAUGAUAUGGAGGAAGAUGGGGAAGAAUCUGACGCGGAAAUUACAAGCGUGGGCGUUGAGUUGAACGAGAGAUUGCGAGCGGCAGUGGCACAACGAGAGGCUGGGAAUACAACAAUUCCCAUAGACGAGGAGUGGGAGCAAUGGUUGAAAGAUGCUGUUGAGGCAGGAAGUCUGCCAUACCUUCCUUCAGAUCUCUCACCAAAUGCCAAUAUUCCAGGAACACGACCCGCG